UCAUCACUUUCUCCAAAUCUUAUCUUUUUCCUUCCAUCCCAUCUCUCACAUAGGAGCCAAAAACUCAAAUAUGGGUCAACCCUAUGAGCCGGAAGAAGGGCAGCCUGGGGCGGGACUGCGGCGGGGGACACGUCGGGGGACACGUCGGGGGAUGCGGUUUCGGAGGCGACGAAUGCCAGUGGCACGGCUCGGGGGGAAGAGAUCGGGGCGGCUUGUGGCUUGGGGGAGGAUGCUGAGGAAGAUAAGACUAAGAUGGGUGAAACUGAAAUGCAUAGCCAUGGUGAAGAAGAUGAAAGAAUACUACACAAGGUUGAUGAAGGAUAUCAUAGAGGCAGGAGCCUAUGCUCGCUCUUAUCAACAUAGGCUUCUCUUGGAGACUUCUUUUGCCAUUCCAAUUCUCGGUGUCUCGCUCUCUACCCAUUCCAGUGUUCUUGCUGCCACUUCGUAAAUCUCCUACUCGUCUGUUUCAUAACGUGUAAUGUGUACAUAUUUGUUCAUCAUUCAAAAACUUACUCAGAAGAAUUUUCGUUUGUUCCUUCUGUUUUCCUUUUUUAUGAACUUAUUCAAUCUAUGUAUAAAAUAUGAUAAAGAAAGGCCGAUCUUAUUUAUUAAGACGAUAAACGUUACG